AUGACUAAACGCUCAACCUCAAAUGAUUACCCACGCAUCUAUCUGUUCGGAGACUCGCUGACGGAGCGGGCCUGCUACGAAGGGGAUAAUGGGUUUGCGUGGAAAUUGGAGCAAUAUUACGACGGCAGGGUGGAUGUUGUCAAUGAAGGUGCCAACGAUGCCUGUCUCUUAUCCUCGGGUCCUUACGUGCCAUUGCCAGAAUUCGAAGAGCACAUCCGACACUACGUGAAUAGUAUACUGGACCAUCCCGGCGCGCAGAACACCAAGAUCAUACUGAUCACGCCCCCUCCUGUUGAUGUGCCCUCAUCCGAAAUGGACUCUGCCGACGACCUGCCCGAAGUUGCGGAGGUCAUGCAAUCCAUAGCAAAGUUAAGCAGGGGGUACAAGACGUGGGCGUCAAAGAGACUUUUUGCGGAGAAGAUUGUGGAGAUAGGGAGGGAGUUUGAAAGGCAAACAGAUCGUGUGGCGGUGUUGGAUUUUUGGACGGCCGUGACCAAGGCCAAGUGCAACGAACUGGGGUUUACUGACGAAGAGUUCCAUGAACUGGAUACCAGAGAUAUGCUCCCGGGCUCAGGAUUGCCUGAUGACGGGAGGAUUUCGUGA